AUCAUUGAAGUGCAGUUCUCUCUAAAAGUUCCCUUUUCACGUGUUUUCUCACAAUAAUACCUUGAAUUUUCACGAUUUUCUUGUAGUUUAUCUACCGGGAAGUGUGACAGAGUGAGAUAUCGUAGAAUUAGUUUGUGAAGUGCAACAGGAAAGCUGGUCUAACCUCAAACAAUGUCAUCCGGACACAAGUGCAGAAACUGCGGCUCCGCUGACAUUGAGGUGGAUAGCGCCCGUGGCGAUGCAGUGUGCACCAAUUGUGGCUCCGUGCUGGAGGACAAUAUCAUUGUGUCUGAGGUGCAAUUCGAGGAGAAUGCACACGGAGCCUCCAACACUGUGGGGCAGUUUGUGUCGGCGGAUUCGAAGGGCGGAGCCACGGUUUAUGGCAAGUUUCAUGUCGGUGUGGGCACGGAAUCGCGAGAGGUGACACUGAAGAAGGCCCGCGAGGGCAUCACUCACCUGUGUCAUCAGCUGCACCUCAACACGCACUGCAUUGAGACAUCCUGCAACUUCUUCAAGAUGGCCCUCAACAGACAUCUGACCAGAGGCCGGAAGAACAGCCACAUCUACGCCGCCUGUGUCUACAUCACCUGCCGGACAGAGGGAACAUCUCAUCUCCUCAUCGAUAUCAGUGAUAUUCUCCAGAUUUGCUGCUAUGAAUUGGGCAGAACUUACUUGAGACUCUCGCAAACCCUCUGCAUCAACAUUCCAUCAGUUGAUCCUUGUCUAUACAUCAUGAGAUUUGCCAAUAAACUGGAAUUCGGCGAGAAAACCCACGAAGUGUCGAUGACGGCGCAGCGUUUGGUGCAGCGCAUGAAGAAAGACUCCAUCCACACUGGACGCCGACCGUCAGGCCUCUGUGGAGCCGCUCUCCUGUUGGCCGCCCGCAUGCAUGAGUUCAAUCGCACCCCGAUGGAUGUUGUGCGGAUCGUGAAGAUCCAUGAGUCAACGCUGAGGAAGCGUCUGCUGGAGUUCGGGGACACGCCGAGCAGCGCCCUGACGUUGGAAGAGUUCAUGGCGGUGGACUUGGAGGCCGAGCAAGAUCCGCCGGCGUUCAAGGUGGCUCGGAAGCGAGACAAAGAGCGCAUUCAGAAGAUUGCCGAGAACGAGGCGGAAUUUACUGCACUGCAGAAGGAGAUUGACGCUCAGUUGGACAAGGAUCUGAAGAAGUCAAGCAAGAAGAUCGUGGUGGAUUUGGCGGGGGACAAUCUGGAGAUGACAGAGACCAGUGAUUUCAUCCACCAGUCGACGCUGGAUGUGAUAAAUGAGUGCUUGACUGACGAUCCCAAUGAGUUUGGGCUGAAUGUCGAGGAGGAGCAGAUUCAGGGCAUUGGGCCGGACAUCGAGGCGAUGUGUGUGCCCACGCCGAGGGAGAGUCUCGUGGACACGGGCAAUUUGCUGGCGGACGGCGGAGAGCUGGACGAGAGUCUGGUGAACCUUGAGGAUGUGGAUGACGAUGAGAUUAACGGGUAUAUCUUGACUGAGGAGGAGACGCGCAUGAAGAAUCAGAAGUGGGUUGAGUUGAAUGCUGAAUACUUGAAUGCGAUGAAGCUGAAGGAGGAGCGAUUGGCCAAGGAGCGGGAAAAGGGGAAGCCCGAGAGGAAGCGUCGCAAGGUGGUGAAGAAGAAGAACAUCGGUCCGUCCAAUACGGCUGGAGAGGCGAUUGAGAAGAUGCUGCAGGAGAAGAAGAUCUCCACUAAGAUCAACUAUGACAUCCUGAAGGCUCUCACGGCGCCCAAAGCGGAUGAGCCGACACUGAACACUGACAGUGAGACUGUCAUCAAGCAAGAGCCCGUGGAAAUCGCCCUGCCGCGACGGAAGAAAACUAAAUUGUCCACAACUCUCAAUGUUUUCGGACUGAGAAAGGCUCGUCCAAUUCCCACCGCCACUAUUAACACCCACAUUCCGGAACCGGAGCCAGUUGCAGCGCCUGUGAUUGAAAAUGAUCCUCUGCCUGAUGAAGCUGAGGAGGAACCUGAGAUGGAGGCUGAGGUUGAGCACGAAAUCGAGAAGAAUCCCGAGCACAGUUCUUUGGCUGACAUGCUGAAUGGGGACGAGGAGGAUUACUAUGGUUAUGAUGAUUACUAGUAAUAGUUUUAGGGCUAGAAUUGUAUUAAAUUAGGGUAUGUUUGGCAAUUUUGAUGCACUGAAGGCAAAAAACACAACGAGAGAAAUUAUACAUAAUUAUCUUUUAAGCCUUUUAAGUUAUUUAUGAAAUUAUAAAUGAAGUUUUUAUACAAGAGGGUAAAAUAAUGUCAUUUUAGAUUUGAAUUAUUUAUUGCAAUAGAAAUAGAGUGAUAAGAAAAUGAAUAAUUGCUUUUAAACUGAUAAAAAAUGUUUUUGGUUUAUGCUGAAACAUUGUUGAAAUCUUGAUUAAACACGAAAAUUGAUGCAGCAAGAAUGAAACAUGGAAAUACACGAUUGAUUAAAAUACCUGAAAA